GCCCAAAUAAAGAUAGUGGGCAAGGCCCAGGCAAUUCAUUAUUAGUCUCUUAGUUACGAAGGCUAAGGCGGCGCGGUGGUGGUGGUUAGCGGAAGAGAAAUGCCGAAGAGAACAACGCACACGUACUCAAGCGAGGAUGCGGCUCCGGAGGGUCCACACUCCGAUCUCUUCGUCUAUUACUGCAAGCACUGCGCUUCCCAUGUCCUCAUCACUGAUACCCAAUUGCAGAAAAUGCCCAAAAGGAAAACCGACAAAGCUUAUGUACUCGACAAGACCAAACAUCUCGCCCGAUUCAACAUUCACCACGCCGGAAAAGUUCUCCUAAAGAGAGGCGAGGGCAAAUUGGAGAAACAAUACCGCAUGAACUGUAUGGGCUGUGGUCUUUUCGUUUGUUAUCGCGCCGAACACGAUUUCGACUCUUCCUCUCUCAUCUAUGUCCUUGAUGGUGCCCUCAGCACUGUUGCUGCCGAAACCAACCCCCAGGAUGCCCCCGUUCCACCUUGUAUAUCGCAGCUUGAAGGAGGCCUUGUUCAGGUUGCUAUAGAAGUUGAAGAUCGUGCACAACGUUCAGCAAUCACCAGAGUAAAUGCCGAUGAUGUUCGAGUCACUGUUGCUGCUCCUGCUGCCCGUGGAGAGGCCAACAACGAACUUUUGGAAUUUAUGGGAAAAGUUUUGGGUUUGAGAUUGAGUCAGAUGACUCUUCAGAGAGGAUGGAAUAACAAAUCAAAGCUCCUUGUGGUGGAGGAUUUGACUGCUAGACAAGUUUAUGAGAAGCUUUUGGAGGCUGUGCAACCUUAACGUUGUUUGUUUAGCUUUAGUAUCCAUGGUAUCUGUCUGGCUUCUGUGAGGUUCAUUUGCAUUUCCCAUAUUAAGCCAGGUUGAAUCUCAUUUUUUAUGCAAAAACGAGUGAGGUUUAACUUUUUCAGUUGUAAUGUUGUUUAUUAGAUUCUCAACAAAGCAUGGCUACGGUGCAAUAGAAACCUUAUUUGUCAUGCUCAUGUACUAUAAACACUUGAUUGGACGGCAUUAAGUGAACAAAAUCUACCUGGUUAAGAAACGCAUCAA